CUUCCAACCCCCACACCCCCCCUUCCCCUCACAUCCUUGGAAGCAACAAUUAAGCAGCUCUGGGAUAAAACACACUGACUGCGAGAGCACGGGGGCAUUGCUUCAAGAGAUGGCAAGGCAGGCAGCUGCACCCCUCCUCCCCGGAGUCCUCCUCCUCUUCUCCAUCCUCCCGGCUUCUCAGCAAGGAGGGGUCCCUGGUGCUAUCCCGGGAGGGGGAGUCCCAGGAGGAGGCUUUUUCCCAGGUGCUGGAGUUGGAGGUUUGGGAGCAGGUUUGGGAGCAGGACUCGGGGCUGGAGGAAAACCUCUCAAACCAGGGGUCGGUGGCCUCGGGGGACUCGGCCCUCUUGGCCUGCAGCCAGGUGCUGGGGUCGGAGGUUUGGGAGCAGGUUUGGGAGCCUUCCCCGGGGCAGCCUUCCCAGGUGCUGCAUCUGCGGCCGCUCUUAAGGCUGCAGCAAAAGCUGGUGCUGGCCUUGGUGGUGUGGGUGGAAUUGGUGGCCUCGGUGGCGUGGGUGGAGUUGGAGUUCCAGGAGGCCUUGGUGUCCCAGGUGCGGUGCAGCCCGGGGUUGGUGCGGCGGGGAAGCCCCCCAAAGUGCCAGGUGCUGGCAUCCCCGGAGCUUUCCCAGGUGGAGGUGUGCUCCCUGGAGCAGGUAUCCGCUUCCCCGGCGUAGGCGUGCUGCCCGGCGUUCCCACCGGCACCGGGGUCAAGGCAAAAGGUCCAGGAGCAGGAGCCUUCGCAGGAAUCCCCGGACUGGGAGGCUUUGGAGGCCAGCAGCCCGGUGUCCCUCUGGGGUAUCCCAUCAAAGCUCCCAAGCUCCCAGGUGGCUAUAGAUUGCCCUUCGUCAAUGGCCUUGGACCAGGUGGGAUAGGAGCAGGGGUUCUUGCUGGGAAGGCUGGGUACCCCACUGGGACAGGUGUUGGAGCACAGGCGGCGGCAGCAAAAGCGGCAGCUAAAUAUGGAGCCGGUGUCCUGCCUGGGGCUGGCGGCAUCCCAGGGGUGGGCGGCGUGGUGCCCGGUGUCGGUGUUGUGCCAGGAGCUGGAGUGGGAGGCCCAGCAGCGGCAGCAGCUGCAGCGAAGGCAGCAGCGAAAGCAGGAGCCUAUGGUGCAGGGGUGCUGCCCGGGGUCGGUGGUGUCCCAGGUCUUGUGCCUGGUGUCGGCGGUGUGCCUGGUUUGGUUCCCGGAGUCGGAGGUGUCCCUGGGGUGGCAGGAGUUGGGACACCAGCAGGAGCAGCGGCAGCAGCCAAGGCAGCUAAGUAUGGAGCUGGCGUUCCCGGUGUUGGCGUUCCCGGUGUUGGCGUUCCCGGUGUUGGCGUUCCUGGUGUUGGUGUUCCUGGUGUUGGCAUUGGAGGUGUUCCUGGUGUUCCUGGUGUGCCUGGUGUUCCUGGUGUGCCUGGUGUUCCUGGUCUGGUGUUCCUGGUGUAG